GCCGGGCGGGCGCAGCCGGCACCGGGCACCGCUCCCCGCACCCGUGGCGGGGCAGCGCAGCUGGCAUGGUGCUGGCGGCAGCACGCCGCGCCCGCGUUGCACGGAGGAAGCCCGAGCGGAGCCGCGAUGGAGAUGCUGCUGCCGCCCGUUUGUACCAAACUUUGCCAUCAGAAGCCUUUGGAUCUGAAAGAUGAUAACACCGAAAUUCACUGUCCUGUUACAGUAAAUCCAUGGCACAUGAAGAAAGCUUUUAAAAUUAUGAAUGAAUUAAGAAGUCAAAACUUGCUGUGUGAUGUGACGAUAGUAGCUGAAGACAUGGAAAUUGCAGCGCAUAGAGUUGUGUUAGCCGCCUGCAGCCCCUACUUCCAUGCCAUGUUUACAGGUGAGAUGAGUGAAAGCCGAGCAAAAAAAGUUCGAAUAAAGGAAGUCGAUGGCUGGACUCUAAGGAUGCUUAUUGAUUAUAUUUACACUGCUGAAAUUCAAGUUACAGAAGAAAAUGUGCAGGUACUGCUCCCAGCAGCUGGUCUCUUGCAACUGCAGGAUGUGAAAAGGACUUGCUGUGAAUUUUUGGAAUCCCAGCUUCAUCCUAUCAACUGCCUGGGGAUUCGUGCUUUUGCUGACAUGCAUGCAUGCACAGAUCUAUUGAACAAGGCCAACACAUACGCAGAACAGCACUUUUCCGAUGUUGUACUUAGUGAAGAAUACCUCAAUCUUGGUGUAGAGCAGGUGUGCAGUCUUAUAUCCAGUGACAAACUCACAAUUGCCUCAGAGGAGAAGGUAUUUGAAGCAGUGAUAGCCUGGGUAAACCAUGACAAAGAUGUAAGGCAGGAGUUAAUGGCACGUCUGAUGGAGCACGUUCGGCUGCCUUUGCUUUCUCGGGAAUAUUUAGUUCAGAGAGUUGAAGAAGAAAUAUUGGUUAAGAACAGCAGUGCUUGUAAAGAUUACCUCAUUGAAGCUAUGAAGUAUCACUUGCUACCAACUGAGCAACGAGCAUUGAUGAAAAGCACUCGAACAAAAUUGAGAACACCUGCUAGCCUCCCAAAAUUGAUGAUGGUAGUUGGAGGACAGGCACCAAAGGCAAUUCGAAGUGUUGAAUGCUAUGAUUUUAAAGAAGAACGCUGGCAUCAGGUGGCUGAAUUGCCUUCCAGAAGAUGUAGAGCAGGAAUGGUGUACAUGGGAGGCAUGGUUUACGCAGUUGGUGGUUUCAAUGGUUCUUUGAGAGUUCGCACAGUGGAUUCCUAUGAUCCAGUGAAGGACCAGUGGACAAGUGUUGCUAACAUGCAAGACAGGAGAAGCACACUGGGAGCAGCUGUAUUAAAUGGCCUUCUUUAUGCUGUGGGAGGAUUUGAUGGGAGUACAGGUUUAUCAUCAGUCGAAGUUUACAACUUAAAGACUAACGAGUGGUUUCAUGUAGCUCCAAUGAACACAAGAAGAAGUAGUGUUGGCGUAGGUGUUGUUGGAGGUAAACUGUAUGCUGUUGGUGGCUACGAUGGAGCAUCACGUCAGUGCCUUAGUUCAGUAGAAUGCUAUGAUGCUAAUACGAAUGAGUGGAGCUAUGUUGCAGAAAUGAGCACUAGACGGAGCGGAGCAGGUUUUUUCAACUCGCAGAAGUUAUUUUAUUUCUCUAGAUGCGUUCCCAAGGACUUUUUCAAGUCAAAUUCCAUGAUAUUAUUUUCUACAUUAAUUUUUUUAGUAGUUUAAAUCACUUUUUUUGCCAAGUACUCAAAGGCGGUUUUUAGCAACACCCUUCAAGUAUCUACUGGUGAUUGCAUUAAUGUGCUUCAUAAUUGGAAGAGCUAUUGCUACAAAUAAAUCUGGAUGGACUUCUAGUAUGCUCAGUAGAUGAUUAGUAGUUAUCCCAACUUUUCAUCUUGCCUUCCAUUAUUCUUUGUUAACUCUGAACAGUUUUUAUCUGUAUAAUGUCUAAAUUAAGUUUAAAUGAUUUCAAAAGAAAUCUAUCAAAGUAUUAAAUUCAUUACUAAAAUUGAUAGUUUGUGUUACUUCCAUUAAAGCCUUACAAAAUCAGCAAGUUGAUCUCUCUUAUUACUAGAAGUCAUGUUUUGAUUGUGUUUCUAAACUAAAACUAUGAUGUUAAUGAAGGAAACAUGAUAUAUUGUACCUCAAGAAAACAUAGUUGUCUUGUGAAACUUCUAGUAACUCCGUCUGUGCAUCUUGGAAGUAAAUCUAGAUUUAAAACUGGACAGAGUUGCAGUAAGGGUAUUGUUAAAUACUCCUGUGUAAUAUUGGCAAUUUUUGAGGAAAAUAUUUUUAUAAAAUGGGCAAAUUACAAGUAUCAUUAUAAAGACAAAGAGUGUUGGUGUGUUGUGACAAAACUUCAUUUUGCAGUCUGCCCGCACACACAUUUUGUUUCAGCAUUUGGGGGUUAUUUUUUGAUACUCUGUUUUUGCAAACUGUUAUUGUGCUUGUAGCCUAUUUAUACAGUAGAUAUUUUCAGAAUUUUUUUUAAUGUUGAAUUUCUUCUACAACUCUGAAAUUUUUAGUUCUUUAGAUACACUGACUACUGGGAUCUUUCUGUCCCUCUCCUCUCUCCCCUUGUCCCUGAGUUCAGGACUGUGUUUGCUUACUCAGCUCUCUUCUGCCUUUUACCUUGUCCUCUGAUUAAAAAAAAAAAAUGGAAAGGAAAAGUAAAUAUAGUCAGUUAUUUCAGAUUCAUAUAACGGAGUAAAGUAAUGAACAUUCUUCUGUGCCACUCUGUUAAAUAUAUGGAAAAUUAUAUUUUUGUGUGGCAGAGGAGUGGGUGGUAAUGUGAAAAUCGUGAUUGUUGAUUGGGCUUGGCUGUAGAGGCCAAAUAUCCAAACCCACCAGAACUGUCUCAACUGGUGAUCAGUGCUGAUGGUGUUAUGGGUACUAACUAAAAAGAAUUUUGUUCCUGUGUUCAAGUUUUGCAUCUCUGGUCAUCUCAAGGAACUUAAGCUCAUCUCUUCUGUUCCUACUGCUUCAGCUUCAUUCAAAAGCAACUUUUCAGAGGUUAACCCUCAGUUACUCUUCUUUAGUACCAACUGCUUCUCAGUUGAUCAAUAUGGGGACAGAUCUGUUUCCAGCAACAUAUUGGGAUGAGGAACUUCAGAUCCAGAUAUAGGCCAUUUGGGAGGGCUGAGAGAUAUAAGACAGGGUCCUGAAAAAUGGGCAGGAAAGAAAUGUAACAAAGAAAGGAGAACUCAGAAGACGGCAAGAAAUAAGGUAGGACCUGGAAACUGGGUGUGGGAUUAAGGGAAAAUGAAGCACCAAGGAGGAGUGGAGGACAUUAUUAAAAAUAAGGAACUAUGAAAAAAAAAAAGGCAAUGUGGCAGAGGGAA